CUGCCAAACAAAAGGCCUGGUAUUUCAGAUUGUUAUGAACCGGGUUUUACGAAUUUAACCGGUUAUGGAAUUAAUCUUCGGUGACUAAUUUUAUUAUUACCAAUGUCUCUGGUCGUGGUCUCAGGGUAUAACACAGGUCGGCUUCUUCGUCUUCCAACUUUGAGCAUCUUCCCCAAAUUUUCACCUCUUUCUGCUCUCAUGAAUUCAUCGAAUCUCAGUUCUUCCAGCAAACCGGCCUUCUCUUCCUUCUCACAAUCCAGCAGAAGCGGCGGUAGAGGAAGAGGAAACGAGAGAGAUAAUGAUCGUCGGAGGCCUCAGGGUCGUGGCGGCGGUGGUGGUGGCAGAGGAGGAGGAGGAGGAGAUAGAAUCGAUGCUCUUGGAAGACUCUUGACGAGAAUCUUGAGACACAUGGCUAGUGAGCUGAGACUGAACAUGAGAGGUGAUGGUUUUGUUAAAGCUGGAGACUUGCUUAGCCUGAAUCUGAAAACGUCUGCAAACGUUCAGUUGAAGUCUCACACCAUUGAUGAGAUUAGAGAGGCAGUGAGAAGGGACAAUAAGCAACGGUUUAGCCUCGUUGAAGAGAACGGAGAGCUCUUGAUUCGUGCUAACCAAGGCCACUCCAUCACGACGGUUGAGUCCGAGAAGUUACUUAAACCAAUAUUGUCACCUGAAGAAGCUCCAGUGUGUGUGCAUGGAACAUAUCGGAAGAAUUUGGAAUCCAUCUUAGCAUCUGGCUUAAAGCGUAUGAAUAGACUCCAUGUUCACUUUUCUUGUGGCUUGCCAACAGAUGGUGAAGUGAUAAGUGGCAUGAGAAGAGAUGUUAAUCUCUUGAUCUUUCUCGACAUCAAGAAAGCUCUUGAAGAUGGGAUUGCAUUCUACAUUUCAGACAACAAGGUGAUUUUGACUGAAGGUGUUGAUGGUGUAGUGCCUGUUGAUUACUUCCAAAAGAUUGAGUCUUGGCCUAGUCGGCAACCAAUUCCUUUCUGAUUCCUUGUUUAUACAAUACGUUCAUUGAAUUUUUUUAUUGGACCACAUUUGUGACUUAUCAGAUAUACAAAUGUUACCACCUUAGUAUUUAAUAACCUAUGUUGUCCAUGUGGUCUGGAAACAAACGUUUGCAGAAACAAUGCAUUUAAUCAUUCACAUUUA